AUGGCGGUGGCCGAGGCACAGCUGUACUUAAAGGUGUCCAACAAGCCCCGGGGCAGGGGCACCUCUGCCCUCCUGGAGCCUCUCCUGGCCAAAGGAUUCCCGGCUCAUCUCGCGCAAAAAGCCUUGGUUGCUACAGGACAAAAGACAGUAGAAGAUGCAGUAAAAUGGCUGCAUUCCCACUGCAAUGACCCCUCCCUGGAUGACCCCAUCCCCCAGGAAUAUGCCCUGUACUUGUGCCCCCGGGGCCGCCUGCACAGCCGCCUGCAGGACUUCUGGAGGGAAAGCAAGCGCCAGUGCGGCAAGAACAGAGCCCACGAGGUCUUCCCACACGUCACCCUCUGCGACUUCUUCACGUGUGAAGACCAGAAAGUGGAAUUCUUGUAUGAUGUCCUAAAGAAAGUGGGUGACAGCUUUUGCCAGAUCUUUCCACCAUCCAUUUUCCUAACACUACAUGCAUCUCCCAGCUACCUGGGCUUCUUCAUUGAUGACGGCCAGGCAAACAUCCUCAAAGACUUUGCUGUGGCAUUCUCAACAGAGGCUUCAGCCCUGGCAGACUGCCACGUGAAGCCCACCUUGAAGCAGUUCCACCUUACCCUGGCUCACAGGUUUUAUCCUCACCACCAGAAGACUUUGGAACAGCUGGCCAAGUGCAUUAACCCAGGGGAGCCCUGCCAGUGGGUGGCUGCUCUCUAUUCACGGGACAUGCGCUUUGUGCACUACCAGAGGCUCAGGGCCCUCUUCCAGUACAAGCCCCAGAACAUUGAUGAGCUGAUGAUCAACGCUGGGGAUUUGAUCUACGUGGAUCCGAGGCAGCAGAGCGAGGCAGGCGAGGGCUGGGUGAUCGGCACCUCACACCGCACCGGCUGCAGGGGCUUCCUGCCCGAGAACUACACUGAGAGAGCCCACGAGUCAGACACCUGGGUCAAGCACAGGGAAUAUGUUUUUGACACAGCUUCAAGAUCCCUCACCAAAACAGAAAAGGAACUCAAUGUAAAACCAAAUGGGGAAGCCCAUAAUCUCAGUAUGUCAAGGAGUGUAACCAAUGUUGUUUCUCUUCAGGUUUCCCAGAACGCUGCCCUGAGGAGAGGGGUGCUGGUGAUGAGCCACGGGGAAAGAGUGGAUCAGGUCUUUGGCAAAUCUUGGCUUCAGCAGUGCCUGACUGCAGAUGGGAAAUAUUACAGAGCAGAUCUGAACCUCCCCUCCUCCCUGCCGAGGCAGAAAGACAGCAUGAAGCAGUUUGAAUGUGAUCCUCCUUUAUCUUGCUGUGGUAUUUUCCAGUCAAGGCUUAUAGGGGAAGCUCUGCUGGAGCAGGAGGUGACCGUCAGUUCCGUGUACUCGUCCCCUGCCCUGCGCUGCGUGCAGACAGCUCAGCAUGUACUGCAGGGGCUUAAAUUAAAUCAAAAAGUCAGAAUCAGGGUGGAACCAGCACUGUUUGAAUGGACCAAGUGGGAAGCAAGCAGAGCAAUUCCUAAAUUCAUGACUGUGGCAGAACUGGUGGAGGCAUCUUAUGACAUAGACACAAGUUACAGGGGUAACUUCCCACUCUCCUCUCUGGUGCCAUCAGAAAGUUAUGAAGACUAUGUCAGCAGGAGCUCUGCGGUUAUAAAACACAUCAUCAGUGCCUGCCCCUGCAAAGGUGUCAUCCUCAUCGUGGGCCAUGGCUCCUCCUUGGCACCGCUCACCCGGGCACUCACAGGGCUCCCCAGCAGAGACAGCAGAGACUUUGCCCAGAUGGUGCAGAAGAUCCCUGCCCUGGGCAUGUGUUUCUGUGAAGAACAGAAAGAGGAGAACAAAUGGCAGAUGGUCAACCCACCAGUGAAGACAUUAACUCAUGGAGCAAAUGCAGCAUUUAACUGGAGAAAUACUAUCAUGGAAGAUUAAAAGGCCAUCUCUGCUUUUGCAGUUGUCAAAAAGGAGCCAAAGGCAGGUUAUGGUUCAUCACAGUCCAGUGAUUCAUCCAGAAGACACACAGAGGGUGGGAAAUGCCCUCUCUGAGCUGUCAAAGCACAGAAAAACACUUCUGAGUUUGGGGCCUGGAUUUUGUUUUUAUUUUGGUGACUGAGAAGAAUGAACUUGAGAGAUAGGGCUCAAGUGAGAAAUAACACUUUUGAUGGUGGUGAGAAAAGCACCUUUUAAC